AUGGAUUCAGAAAACGUGCCAAACUUGAGCGACGUCACUAAGAAGACCAAAGGUCGGCAAAAGAUAGAGAUGAAGACGAUAGCCAACAAGUGUAGCCUUCAAGUGACAUUUUCAAAGCAUCGAACUGGAGUUUUCAAGAAAGCGAGUGAGCUUGCCACCCUUUGUGGUGUGGACCUUGCUGUGAUUAUGUUCUCUCCCAAUAACCAUGUUUACUCCUUCGGUAGCCCUAAUGUGGAUUCUGUAAUCCAACGUUAUACGACAGAGGGCCCACCUCCCCUCUUCACCCAAGACCUCAAUGAGGCCCCUUGCACCAUGGAUGAGGGAGAGCUCCAAGCACACCUCAACUGUUUGUCCAACCAAAUUGACGCGGAGAAGCAACGUGUAGAGGAUCUAAACCAUUUGUUGAUGGCUGCGAAGGAUCACAUCUGGUGGGAUGUGCCAAUUGAAAGCAUGAGCAAUGCCCAACUCGAGAAGUACCAUAAGAUGUUGAAGGAGAUAAAGUUGAAACACAUGAGACAUACACAUGGAGAAUGA